CUAAAAUCGAAUCAAAUCAAUCGAAGUUUUUCAUUAUCAUCAUCAUUUCUGAUUUUUUUUCGAAGAAAACAAAAAAAACUAAAGAAAAAAUGGCCCUAUUCAAUAUACCAUGGUUAACUGAAUCAUUAAAAAAAUGUACAAUAAAAUAUCUGAUCGAACGUUAUUUGGGUCAUUUUCUUUCCGAAGAAUUAGAUUUAUCACAAUUAGAUAUUGAAUUAUUUAAUGGUACUGCUUCGAUAGAAUCAAUACCAUUAAAUGUACAAACAAUUAAUCAAGAAUUAUCAACAUUAUUAUCAUUAAAAUUUUUAGAAGGUUUUGUUGAAAAAAUUGAAUUUAUGGUACCAUGGAGUUCAUUAUGGAUUGAUUCAUGUACAAUACGUUUAGAUGGUAUACGUUUAAAUUUUUGUAAAUUAAAACAACAACAACCGCAGCAAUCAUCAACGAAUCAAACAACAACAACAACAUCGAUAUUAUCUCGUUCAAUGAUGGUAUCAAGUAUGGAAAUGGCUGAAGAAAUUUUGGAAAAACAAGAAUCCGAAAAAUAUGAAGGUUUAGAAAAAUUUGCUCAACUUAUUAGUUCAAUAAUACGACGAGUAAAAUUAUCAGCCAAAAAUACUCGGAUAAAAUUUCAAUUUCCAUCAGGUAACGGUGAUGGUGAUGGUGAUGAAAUUGAAUUUCGUAUUGGUCAUCUACGAUGUGAAGAAGAAGAAAUAUCAUUGGAUAGUGGUAAAGAUGGCCAACAAUCUUCAGCGGCAAAGGAUAAAGAAUCGUCAAGUGAUAAAACAUCAUCGAAUCUUUUACUUUCGGAUAUCGUUACCAAACGUUUAACAUUAGAAGGAAUUGAAAUCUAUAUUAAUGAUAAUUUAAUAACAAAAUUAUUUGGAAAACAUUCAUUAAAACUUCGUUUCAAUCAAAAUCGUAUCGAUAUGGAUGUUUAUCUUGGUUCAUAUCUAUUUGCCAUUUUAAAUUCAAAUCAUAUUCGUAUUUUGAAAUUAUUUUUUCAAAUGAUGAAUGAUGAUGGUCAACAACAACAACAGCAGCAAACUGAAGAAGAAUCAUCGACAAAUAAAAAACCACAAGAACGUUUAAUGACAGCACAGGAUUAUCGUCGGAUACAGGAAUUGAUGCAUAAAGAAAAUCAUCCACAUCAUCAUCAUCAUUUACCAUCAAUGAAACAACAAUCGAUUAAUGGUGGUGGUCGUACAUGGACAACAAUCGAUAGUAAUGAUGAUCAAUUUAAAUCAUUCGACCAUCACCACCAUCAUUCUAAAGAUAAUGAUGGAACGAAAAAAGAUGGUGGUUCCAAAUCGGCGAAUGACGCCAGUUGUAGCAGUGAUCCAAAUCAAAAUACAUUAGUUACAUGUAAUAUAAAAAUUCCCGGUAUAAUGUUAUGUCUGAUCAGUAACGACGAUAAUGAUGAUAAUAUGCCAGAAUUUAAUGAAAUACCAAUAAUUGAUAAUUUACAAACAUUUAUUGGUAUAAAUUCAUUUUUAAAUGAUAUACUACAUGAAUAUAAUCAUAUAAGAUUAUUAGCAUCAAAUAUUUGUUUAGAAUUACGUAAUCAAGAUUACUUACAAUUUAGUUGUAUAAAUAUUAGUUCAUAUGAAUAUCAUCAUAAUGUUGACAACGAUGGCGAUGGUGAUGGAAUAUUGAAUAAUUUAUUCUGGAUUAAUGAUAAUAAUGUUGUUGGUGGUGGUGGUAAUGGUGGUGAUGGUCAAAAUUCCGAUUCAACAAUAAUACCAUCAAUAAGAUUAAAAAAGAAUAAAAAUUUAAUAACGAUAAUGUUGGCGCCAACAUUCAUACGUUUAGAUCCAACAAUUAUUGAACGGCAUCAAAAAUUAUUUGAAUUAUUUUUACCAUCAUUAACGGAUGUAAAUCCAGCACCACCACCAGUGCAAUGUCCAACCAAAUUGACCAAUAUUAACCAUGAUAAUCUUGAUGAUGAAGAUUCAAUAAUAAUAAAUAUUGAAUGUGAAAAUUUGGAAAUGGAAUUAUUUUUCCCUAUACCAGAUUUACGACCAGAACGUAAUGAUUAUUCAUCUAUUAAUCAUAAUAAUCAAUCAAAUGAACCAUUUCAAGUGAAACGUAAUAUGUUUGGUGAUAAUCCAAAUGGUACAAAUAAUAAUAAUGGUGGCCAUGAACGUAUUAUAACACCGGGUGAUCGUGAUCAUUGUCGUCAUUAUUUAGCAUAUAAUCGUGAAUUAACUAGAUUCUAUAUCUAUAUUCAUUUACCUUAUGGUGAAAUUUAUUUGGAUAAUAAACGAUUAUUUGAAUUGAUUUAUAAUCGUUUUGUUAAUGAUCUAAUAAUGUGGAGACCAUUUUUUCGUCGAAGAAAAUUAUCAUCUUCAUCAAUGGUGAAAUCGAAAACCAAUAAUCCACCAAAAUUAUUAUUACCAAUGUUGAAUGAAACAUUAACCGACGACGAUGAUGAUGAUGAUGAUAAUGAUUGGAAGCCGCAACCGAAAUCGCAACCACCACCGCCGCAAAAUUCAUCAAUAUUUUAUAGCUGUAAAAAUGUUCAUAAUAUGGAUUCAUCAUCAACAUCAUCAUCAUCAAUAUUUGAUUCAACAUUAAGUAAUAAUUCAUAUCAUUCAAUAAUGUUUGUUAUUGAAUUGGAAUUGGAUAAUUUAAUGAUAAAAUUUCAAACAAAAUCAUCAUCACCUAUAUCGACAUUGAUGGUAAAAAAUGAAAUUUUUAUGCAAAAUUUUUUACUUGGUAUUGUUGGUGGACCAGCAAGUGAUUUAUCAAAAACUGUGAUUACAUUAUGUAGUGAAAAUCUUCGUUUAAAUUCAAAUGAUCGAUCAAUAUUGAUUAAUAAUUCAUAUUUGGAUUUAAAUUCUGAAUUGAAUUUAGCUGUUGAAAUUCGUCGUGAAAAUGAACUGUUGAAAAAAAUCAAAUUAACUGUACAGCUAAAAAAUGCAAUACUUUUAGGUUUGGAUUUACCUGUAUUUGAAAAUCUUUGGGAAUUUAUUAACGUACAUGAUGAUGAUAUAAUUGGUUAUGUUUGUCCAAGGGUUAUUAUUGAAUUACAUUUGGAUUUAAUGAAAUCGGGUAUUGUAUUUGAUUGUUUAAAAGAUCGACAAACAUUAAUACAUUUUGAAGAUAUUUAUCUAACAUCAAUGGUUAUUGAAAAUACUGAACAAACAAUAUUAAGAUUUUUUAUUGAAGAAGCAUUAUUAUGUUUUAAAAGACAACAACAUUCGAUGGAUUAUUUAAAAAAUUUUAUACCAAUUAUUGAUUCAGGUAUUAUUGAUAUUAAUCUAAAAAUAUCGAAAGAUGGACAAAUCGAAUGGAAAGGAUCGAAUAAUGAAAUUAAUUUAAAAGUUUGUUAUGAUUCAUUAGCAGCAUUAUGUCAAUUUUUACAAACAUUUUCCGCUCAAUCAUUUUCGGGUCAAAAUAGUCAAAAUGAUGGUCAUUUAAAUAAACAAAAUGAUAAAACACAACCACCACCAUCGACGACGAUUAAUCAAAAAGAAUCAAAAAAUCCAUUAAAUAGUAAUGAAUUAUUAGCUGAUGCAUUAUCCGAAUUAUCAGUUAAUGAUAAUAAUGGCGGUGAUGAUGGUGAUGGUGAUGAUAAUGAUGAAUUUACGAUACGAUCAUCAUUACGUAAAGAGAAAAAUUGUUUUUGUUCGGAUAAUUUAAGCAGCAACAACAACAACAAAAUGGAUGAAUCAAAUUUUUUAAUAUUGGGUGAAAAUGAUCUUGGUUCGGGUAUACAUACAAGUAAAGAACCACGUAUACGUAUGUUAAUUGAUGAACCGAUAAAAAUUAUUGAAAAUCAUUUUAAAAUAACACAAAUAAGUGGUAUACCAGAUAUGACAGCAACAACUAUUGCAAGAUAUUUAUUAGAUCGUAUGUCAUUAAAUGUUUAUCUUUAUGCGGGAAAAGAUUUUGAUGAUGAUCAAUCAAACGAUAAUAAUGAUGAUGAUUCUACCACCACCACCACCGGUAAUAAUAAACGUUCGAAUAGUUCAUUAUCAUCGGAUAUUAUAAGUCAAGUGAAUUAUUCAUUAAAAAAUGAAAAUCUAAUGAAUAAAUCAACACAACAACAACGUGUACGUUUUAAACAACAAAAUAAUUCAAUUUUAUGGGAAAAUAUUGAUCUAAUAUCAACAACAUCUGGAUCCAUAAAAUCUGGAUCAAAAUCAUCAAGAAUAACAAAUCCGGUGGAUACACAUUUUUCAUUCAAAUCAACUGGUGGUUUUAAACGUAAAACUGAUACAUAUGUUGUUCUGGUAUUGAAACGAAUACGAAUAUUAUUUGAUCAAUAUGAUAAAAAUGAACUAAUAUCAUGGUUAUUUCGAUUUAUGGUACAAGAAUUAGAAAUUAUUGAUAAAGUUAGUGUAUCGAAAAUAAAUAAAAUGCUUUAUGAAUAUUAUUCGGAAUCAAUGCCUCGUCGUCAAUAUUCAAAUAUGUUUUCAAUACGUAUGACUUGUUUUAGAAAUUUUCAAGAUAAAUUUGAAGAAGCUGACCUAACAAUUUCAUUAAAACCAUUACGUAUUAAUGUUGAUCAAGAUACAUUAUUAUUUUUAAUGGAUUUUUUUACAAAAUUUAAUGAUAUUUUAAUGGCAAAAUUAACAAAUACUGGUGAUGUUGGUGGUAGUAAACAAUUAUCCGAUGAUAAUAAUGAUUUGGAUGAUGACAACAACAGUAAUGCAUCGGCAACAACAAUAAAAAAAUUUGAAAAUAAAUUAACCAUCAAUAUUGAUGACGAUAAUGAUGAUGAUAAUGAUGAUAACGAUGCUGAUGAUGAUGAUGAUGAUAAUUCAAUUAAAAAUCCACCGACAUUAUUUACAAUCGAUCAAUCACCAUCAUUGAAUUCAAAUCGAACGAUUCAAAUUACACAACAUCAAGAUUCGAUGAAUGAUCGUACAAAUUCAUCAUUAUUCAUAAAAUCAUUUACAUUUUUACCCGAUGUACCAAUACGUUUAGAUUAUCAUGGUAAACAUAUCGAUUUGAAACAAGGAGCAUUACCUGGCAUUGCAUUAGGUCUAGCACAACUUAAUCAAAGUGAAUUAUAUUUGAAAAAAUUAUCAAAUAAACAUGGUCUAUUAGGUUUAGAUAAAGUUAUACAAUAUGCUAUUGAAGAAUGGGGACGUGAUAUAAAACGUAAUCAAUUACCAUCAAUUUUAGUUCAAGGUAUUCGUGAUCUAUUCUGGAUACCAAUCGAUCAAUAUCGUCGUGAUCAACGUAUUGUUCGUGGUAUACAACGUGGUGCAUAUGCAUUUUCAGUAUCAACUGCAAUGGCAACAUUAGAAUUAGCAAAUCGUCUGGUUGUUUUGAUACAGAAUACAGCACAAUUUGCACAUAAUGUUGUUACACCACCAACACCUGGUAAUGGUCAUUAUAAUCGUCAUCAAUUAAUACCAGCAUCAUCACAACCAAGAGAUUUACGUGAAGGUUUUACUGUUGCCUAUACAGUUAUACGUGAAGGUUUUCAUGAUACAUUCAGAGGAAUGACAAAUACAAAUUUAGUUGCUGAUGAUACUGUUACGGUUAUUGGUGAAGUUGUACGACAAAUUCCAUCUACUGUUGUUCGACCAAUUAUUCAUUUAUCACAAGCAACAUCAAGUGUUUUAGUUGGUUUUCGUAAUCAAUUAACACCUGAAGCCAGGAAAGAUGAUCAAGAAAAAUGGAAAAAUGCUAAUGAUUGGUAAAUUCGUGAUUAUCAUCGAAUUCAAAUUU